AUGAAUCUCGUGAAGGACAUUCUACCAGAUUCUUCUACGACUGUGCAGGCUGAACCUCGAAAAGCAGAGAAGAAAACUUUUCGCUCGAGUGGAAUAUUCAGAUUAAAAUCACCAACUAGAUCUCGCGAAGAAAUGUCUACCAGUUCGAUUGGAAAGACUGAAGAUCUAAAAUCUGGAAUUCCGGAGAAACAAUUUUUCUCUUCUAGUGAAAGAUUGAGUCUAAAAUUAUCAAAUGAAUCUCGUGAAGGACAUUCUACCAGAUUCUUCUACGGUAACUCACAGUCACAAAAAUCUGACGAAAAUUUGACAUUUUCUUCAUCGUCAUCAACUCCAAAGACUGUGCAGGCUGAACCUCGAAAAGCAGAGAAGAAAACUUUUCGCUCGAGUGGAAUAUUCAGAUUAAAAUCACCAACUAGAUCUCGCGAAGAAAUGUCUACCAGUUCGAUUGGAAAGACUGAAGAUCUAAAAUCUGGAAUUCCGGAGAAACAAUUUUUCUCUUCUAGUGAAAGAUUGAGUCUAAAAUGUUAGUGUUUAACAGA